GGGCCGCUGGCCUUGGGUGCCCCGCCUCCGAGGAGCGGUGACGGGCACGGCCAGGCGCCGCCGGCCCGGGAAACCCUGCUGGCCCGCGAGCGGUGAGUUCAGGGUCAGGAGGUCCCGAGAGACCGGCGGACGAGCUGUUGGAACCAGCAGGGCAGGGCUUUGGCCGCCUCUCGCCAGCUAGGCGUCUGCGCCACGGACGCCUCCGGUUCCUCUCGGUUGACUGGUUCGCUUUCGGCCUGACAGGGUUCGGCUUGUCCUACUUCUGUUGGACUCUGCUCUUUCCGGCUCCCUUCGACUCUGUCCGCCUGGCCGUCGCUUCCCUCCGCGGGCCAGAGGUGGCAGCGGGACCGCGGUAUCCAUUCGCGUCCGUGGACCCAGAGCUGGUGCUGUUUUUCGGUCAGUGCAGUGAUGGCAGGCGGCUCGUGACGAAUCUCCGGGUUCCGGUGCGGGUCCCCAGCCGGUCCUCGGCUUAUGGGAAGCACUCAGGUGCUGAAGUCUGCCUUCGUCUGAAGUGACUCAGGUUAAGAAUCCUUUGCUCUGCGGGGGACGUGUGUGAUGUCUGCGGUCGCUGGUAACUGCUGCAUGUGACGGUGGAUCGGUGGAUCGGGCCAGAACAAGGUUGAGGAGCCCGCGCUGGGGCCGCUGGGUUCCUUGUGUGUCCUCAGGAAGCGUGGCCUCCUGUCUGGAUGAAUGAGGAGUCGGGACGACGGGAGGAUAAGACAGGAGCAGGCCAGCACAGGAGCAGAACCUUGAAAGCAACCGACUUUUAAGAAGGGAGAAGGAUGUUCCCGUCUCUGCCCACCCUGACUGUCCUCAUCCCGCUGGUGAGCCUGGCAGGCCUGUUCUACUCCGCCUCUGUGGAGGAGGGCUUCCCCCAGGGCUGCACCAGCGCCAGCAGCCUGUGUUUCUACAGCCUGCUCUUGCCAGUCACCGUGCCCGUGUACGUAUUCUUCCACCUGUGGACCUGGAUGGGGCUGAAGCUCUUCAGACAUAAUUAGUGCAGCCCCGCCCCCCUGGCUGGGAAAUCUGCGCAGGAGAUUCUUGGUGACUGGGCUCUGCCCUCAAGGUUUGCAGAUUCUGAUGUCAGUGCUGUAGCCGAAUAACACUUCCAAUAAAAUGUCUUGAGGGAGAGGA